AUGGCCAGGGGGCUUGACGCGCUCAAAUGCCAUGCUGCCGGACUUCAAGAGACAAGAACCAAUGAGACAGGCGUCAGUGCCAGUGGCAAGUACUGGGUUCUAAGCUCGCCGGCCACACCUGAAGGCAUCGGAGGAUGUCAGAUUUGGCUGCACCGUUCCCAGGCGGUGAGUUACUCCGCGCAGCGAAGACAGCCGGGAUACUGGGAUAGGGAUAGUUUUUCCAUCGUUUGGGCCGAGCCGCAACUCUUAGUUGCACUUGCACAUGCCGGCGGAGUUAAGUUCUGCUUGGUCAGCGGACAUGCGCCCGUGGCGGCUGCCCCGCCCGAUGUUCGCACGAAGCGGUGGCGCUCUCUAGCGCAAGCGCUACGCCUUCCUCCGCGAGGCUACGCGCCCAUCCUCUUUCUUGACGCGAAUGCCCGCUUUGAAAGCUCGCCGACGGAGCCUGCUACCACCAGCUCACAACCGCGAUGCCCUAACGCGUGGGAACUGUUGGAUUUGGCAGCCGAAUUCCGCUUGGAGGUGACCCACCAGUUCUCGCAUUCAGGGAAGCGCCUGAUUUCCUGGCACAGUGUCGACCACAGCCCUGUGGCAGCAACCUUCAAGGCGAGGGUAACAGGCGCUGCUAGCAAGCCCAAGUCGCGGCUCUGCCAGCAAGCAGUGCGCACGGAAUACGGCCUCUCGGUCGUACGACAGGCGCUGCACACCGCGCCCACCAUAGGGUGGGAGGUGGACGCGACGAGCCAUGUCGAGGCGUUGCACGCGCAUCUCCAGACCUUUGUCUCGGCUAAUCUGCCCCCUGCGCCAGCGCCGCCAAGACACCCGGCACUCACAGAGGCCACCCUUGAAGAAGUCCAACGCAGACGACUGCAACGCUUGCGUCUCCGAGCACUUAGCCAGCAGGAGCGCAAGGCGGCACUUCUGUGUGUUUUCCGCGCCUGGCAAGGCCGCCGCUCUCCGGUGGAGCAGUUCAGGCGGAUAUCAGCGCAGGUCGUGGACAAUGUCAUUGAGCUUCACUGGCUGAACCGGCGGGUCCGGUACUGUUUUCAGGCGGAUAAGGUGCAGUUUAUCCGCACCCAAACCGCCACAGCUCGGGAGGCGGGUCCGGCCGCUUUCGCACAUCUGAUCCGAGCUGUGACACGCCAGGGAAGGAGGUUCAAGGUGCCCAAGGUUAUCCCACUGCUGCAGACUCCGACAGGGCCAGCCGUAGGGCGAGUCGAAGUGACGAAGCAGCUUGGCCAGCACUUUGCCAGGAGCCACCUGCUUUGGUUGCAAGCCCGCGGCCUCAGCGGGGGAGUCCUUUUCCUGGACUGCAAAGAUGCCUACUACUCCGUGGUCAGAGAUUUGCUGACCAGAGGAGAGUGCUGUAGCCUGAGCGCUGAACAGUUGCAGAGUCGAGCCGCCCUCCUUUUCGUAUAUCGCAAAGAUCAGGAUGCCUUCGUUGAGGAAAUGCUUCGAGCGGAUUGGGCCAAGGCACUGGGCCUUCCCACGGAGCUCCACCGUUUGUUGGCGGCGCAACUGCAUAGGACGUGGUUCGCGGACGGCAGCCCAGGGUUCACGCUCUACGCGACAGAGUCCGGAUCUGCUCCUGGUGCGCCCAUCGCAGACACCAUCUUUGCCUUUCUCUUCAGCCGCUUCCUCAAUGACGUGCAGGCCACCCUGCGCGACAAGGGACUCUCGCCACACCUGUUGCAGGGAUUUAAGCCCAGGCACUGCACCGAGGCCCCAACCUGGGCGGAUGAUGUUGCCAUUCUUUUUCAGGACAGGCCGAUGCCGUAG